AUGUCCGAGCUGCCCGCAGACGUCACUGUCCUGCAGACAAACGAGGCUAGUGGUGACGGAGACGUCCCGCAGAAGGAGGUAGGCAGCGGGAGCCCGGAGCUGGCCGCAGCGCAGCCUGAGGAGGGCACCGAAAGCUCGAGGGCGGAGGCAGCGGCUCCCGAAAACCCGAUGGAGGCGGCUCCCAAAAGCGCGAUGGCGGCGGCUCCGGAAAGCUCGAUGGAGGUGGCUCGGGAAAGCGCGGUGGCGGCGUCUCCAGAAAGCCCGAUCGAGGCGGCUGCGGAAAGCGCGGUGGCGGCGGCGGGCCCAGUGCCCAGAGAAAGCCCGGCGGCAGCGGCCAGGGAUCCCCGGGUGGCAGAGGUCGCCCGAUUGUUCGGGGAACCGGUGGAUGAAGAGGUUCCCGAGGCCAGGCCCAGGUCCAGGCACGGGAACGCCGGAAGCCUGGCUGCGUUGCCGUAUCUUCGCCUCCGUCACCCACUUAGCAUUUUAGGAAUUAAUUACCACCAGUUUCUCCGUCACUAUCUGGAAAAUUACCCGAUUGCUCCCGGCAGAAUUCAGGAGCUUGAAGAACGCCGCAGGCGAUUUGUGGAAGCCUGCAGAGCAAGGGAAGCAGCCUUUGAUGCCGAAUAUCAUCGUAAUCCUCAGAGGAUAGAUUUUGAUAUUUUAACAUUCACUAUAGCUCUGACUGCCUCGGAAGUUAUCAAUCCUCUGAUAGAAGAACUUGGUUGUGAUAAGUUUAUCAAUAGAGAUUAAUUGAUGAGACUACGAGAGAAUCUCUGCAUUCAAGACAGUCUAGCCAAUCCUGUAACUUGAUAUUAAGUCAGAGUAUGGUGGGAAUAAGGCAAUGCACAGUUGGAGUUAAAAAAAAAAAAAAAAGGCUUAUCACCAAGCAUCACAAAAUAGAAAACAUGUCAAAAGCAUUAUAAGACUCCUGUAAUGUUCUUUGAGUUUGUAAUUGAUCCACAUUGUUUUUCCUGCAUUUGGAAAAUGUGUCCAACAUUGCUUUAUUAAAGAGUAAACAAUGGUUUUAUAAAAUUGAGACUUGAGGAAGAAAAUAAGACGGC